AUGGCCAAUCCAAAUCGAGAAAAUGUCAGCACACGUUUCUCAGACAAUUAUGAACUGAAAGAAGAAUUGGGAAAAGGUGCUUUUUCAAUUGUACGUCGGGCGGUACAGAAAUCCACCGGGUAUGAAUUUGCUGCUAAAAUUAUAAAUACUAAAAAGUUAUCAGCAAGAGACUUUCAAAAACUGGAAAGGGAAGCGAGAAUUUGUAGAAAAUUACAACAUCCUAACAUUGUCAGACUACAUGAUUCUAUUCAAGAAGAGCACUUCCACUACCUGGUUUUUGACUUGGUGACCGGUGGUGAAUUAUUUGAAGACAUUGUAGCCCGAGAGUUUUAUUCUGAAGCCGAUGCAUCACAUUGUAUCCAGCAGAUUUUAGAAUCUGUACAUCACUGUCAUCAUAAUGGUGUAGUACACAGAGAUUUAAAACCAGAAAAUCUUCUACUGGCUAGUAAAGUGAAGGGGGCUGCUGUAAAGUUAGCUGAUUUUGGAUUAGCUAUUGAAGUGCAAGGUGAUCAACAGGCAUGGUUUGGAUUCGCAGGUACGCCAGGAUAUUUAUCUCCCGAAGUUUUGAAAAAGGAACCGUAUGGAAAACCAGUCGAUAUUUGGGCGUGUGGAGUAAUUUUAUACAUAUUACUAGUAGGGUAUCCCCCCUUUUGGGACGAAGAUCAACAUCGGUUAUAUGGACAAAUUAAAGCUGGUGCUUAUGAUUAUCCAUCUCCAGAAUGGGAUACGGUGACUCCUGAAGCUAAAAGUCUUAUAAACCAAAUGUUGACUGUAAAUCCUAGCAAGAGAAUUACUGCCUCGGAGGCAUUAAAACACCCCUGGAUUUGCCACAGGGAGCGUGUUGCAUCGGUUAUGCACAGGCAGGAAACUGUCGACUGCUUGAAGAAGUUCAAUGCUCGCCGUAAACUUAAAGGUGCCAUUUUGACUACCAUGUUAGCGACACGCAAUUUUUCUGGAAAAUCAAUGGUUAACAAGAAAGGCGACGGCUCACAGGUUAAAGAGUCAACAGACAGCAGCACAACAUUAGAAGAUGAUGAUCUCGACAAAGACAAGAAAGGUGUCGAUCGAGCGUGUACAGUUAUAUCAAAGGAACACGAUGAAGAUGGCCUCACAAAAGCGGACUCGUUUGGAAAAGCGCGUGGCGACAGCAAUGCCUCAAUGCGUCGAGCUGAGGUCAUCAAAGCAACUGAAGUACUCUUAGACGCCAUCAACAACGGUGACUAUGAGACGUAUUCUAAACUAUGUGAUCCCCACGUCACCUCCUUCGACCCAGAUUCUCUCGGGAAUUUAAUAGAGGGUGUCGAAUUCCAUAAAUUUUUCAUAGAUAACACUCCCACGAAUAUCAAAACCAAUACGACAAUCCUGAAUCCACGAGUGCACCUUCUCGGCGAAGACGUAGCCAUAAUAGCGUAUAUUUGUGUUACACAGAGCGUAGACUCUGAAGGUAGGCGUGCAACUCAUCAGCACCAAGAAACUCGAAUCUGGCACAAGCGCUAUAAUAAAUGGAGUGCGGUGCAUUUUCACCGGUCCUAA